UGGCUUGACUCUAUCCUUCCUUCUCUCCACUCCUCUCUUUCAAAAAAAAAAGUACCUUUCCCCUCUUUUUCUUCUUCCUUCCUCCUUGUCCUUCCUCCCCCAACCAUGGCGGGUGAGGAAGAGGCCAGAGCAGAGGGCGAGCUAGCUUCCACCCAGCCUGGGCCAGCCCCGGCUUUGCUGGAUGCAUGCCCAGAUGCCUCCAACUCAGAAGCCAGCCAGGGGGUGGAAGCGUAGCCGCAACAGGCGGAGGGAGCCUCCUCACAGCCUGCUGCCGGGGCCAGGGCUUCCCAACCGACCCGGUCAGGGUUGGCUCAGGGAGACCCUGCACCGCCAGCGCGAGAGACCAUCCAAGGGGAGGAGCUCCUUUCAAGCCAGGGAGUCUAGAUCCAACAAGUCUCGCUGGGGUGACUCCAAGUUCAGUAAACGAAACCGAUCCUCCUUCUCCCCUAAGAAUGGAGGAGGCUCCAAGCCAUCCCAGAAAAAUCAGCAAUCAUGACGGGGUCCCUCCAGUAGGAGGCCGACUCCAGGGAUUUGCACCAGCUUGGGAGAGAUCGAUGACAGACAGAUGGGUUCUUGAUCCUGUUCGACAGGGAUACAAGUUAGAAUUUCACCACGUCCCUCGAGACCUGUUCAUUCCUUCUCCCAAAUCAAGCGAUCCCGAUCAACACCGCCUCCUACUGGAAGCCAUCGACCAUCUGGUCGCUAUCCAAGCCAUCGAGCCGGUCCCAGACGACCAAAAGGGACUAGGAUGCUAUUCCGCCUUCUUCCUUGUACCAAAGAAAAACGGGUCCUGGAGGGCCAUCCUGAACCUGAGGCCAGUCAACCAAUUCGUCCGCAAGAGGAAGUUCAGAAUGGAGACCCUCAAGUCCAUCAUGGACAGCCUUCAACCCGACAACUUUCUCUCUUCGGUAGACCUUCAGGAUGCUUAUUUACAUAUUUUGAUUCAUCCUUCUUCACGUCAUUUUCUCCACUUCAAGUAUGGCAGCCACCAUUUUCAGUACAGGGCUCUCCCCUUUGGGCUCUCUUCGGCUCCCAGGGUGUUCACCAAGGUCAUGGUGGCCCUGGUCACUCAUUGGAGGACUCAAUGACUCCACGUUCAUCCCUAUCUGAACGACCUCCUGAUCAGGUCCCCCUCAAAACAACAAGCCAUGCACGACACCAACAGGGUCCUCAGAUCAUUGGAGGACCACGGCUUCCUGAUUAACCGGGAGAAAAGCUCCAUUCAACCCAGACAACAGAUCCUCCACCUGGGAUCCCAGAUAGAUACACGAUCUGGGAUGGUCUGCCUCCCUCCAGAGCGGAUCAUGACCAGGGCAGUACUAAAGUUGCCUCGAGCCAGCCUGCAACUACUUGCCCACCUGCAGGGCCUUAUGAUUGCAGCUAUCGAAUGCUUGCCCUGGGCGAGAUUCCAUGCCAGACCCCUCUAGUGGUUUCUCCUUCCGCACCAGCGGCCCAUUGCUCUGAAGGGACAUCUCAAGAUACAGAUGCCUGACAAGAUGCGGCAGUCCUUGAGAUGGUGGACCUCCCAGGCAGUCUUGAAGGGCCGCCCCAUCUGGGGGACAGAGAAGAUCCAGAUCACCACAGAUGCCAGCCUUCAAGGUUGGGGGGGCAUUCUGCGGCCCUCACCUGGCUCAGGGAUGAUGGAAUCCGGAGGAACAGUCACACAGCAUCAACUGGUUGGAACUUCGAGCGAUCCGCCUAGCUCUCCAGUCCUUCGGCCACCUGAUUCUUCACAAGGCGGUCCUCGUACGAACAGACAACAUUACCGCCAAGGCACAUGUCAACCGCCAGGGCGGGACAAGAUCACGAUCCCUGAUGAAGGAGGCUCAGUCACUUCUGACGUGGGCAGAGCACAACCUGCUGUCCUUGGAGGCCAAACAUCUCCAGAGACAACUGAAUUCCAAGGCCGAUUGGCUAAGUCGGAUUGACAUCUUCACCCGGAGGUGUUCCAGACAAUAGUAAAGGUCUUCGGCCCCCCGGUCAUAGAUCUGUUCGCCUCUCCCAUCAAUGCCAAAACUCCCAGAUUCUUCUCGAGAUUCAAGACUCAAGGGGCAGAAAACUUUGACGCCCUAAACUGCCACUGGCCAGAGGGCCUUUUGUACACCUUCCCCCUAGUUCUGCUGUUGACAAAACUGUUGUCCAAGGUUCGGAGGACCGGAGCGGAAGUCAUUCUGAUAGCCCCGGCUUGGCCCAGGCGACCCUGGUUCUCGGAGCUCCUCAACCUAUCCACCCAGAAGCUCCCUCUCCCAGCCAGGGCAAACCUGCUGUCCCAGGGGCAAGUUCAUUAUCCAGACCCGACCUGGCUUCAGCUUCACGCCUGGAAAUUGAGAGGGACGUGCUGACCGGCUACGGCUAUUCCCCCGAGGUGAUCGAGUCCAUUUUGGCAUCAAGGCGCCUGUCUACCAUCAGAAUUUACGAAUAUACCUUCAAAGCGUUCAAGAGAUGGUGAAAACGAAAAAAGAAAAACUUCAUUCAGGUCACAGUCUCCACACUCCUACAGUUCCUCCAGAAUGGUUUCGAUCAAGGCCUCCGACCUAACACAGUUAAGAGACAGGUGGCGGCGAUUACCUCAAUACUGCCGCAUGACCAAGCCGCUCGGACAUCCCAACACCCUAACAUCAGAAGAUUACUAAAGGGGGUCUCCAACAGGACGCCUCCGACAAGGCAUCGCUUCCCCUCAUGGGACCUACACAAGGUCCUGAAAGCUCUGAUUACACAUCCCUUCGAACCACUGAGGGAGGCAUCCCUAAAAUGCCUCACCUUCAAAACUCUCAUACUUACAGCCGUUACGUCGGCCCGCCGAGUGUCUGAGAUCGGGGCUCUGUCAGUGAGGAAAGAGCUCUGCAUCAUCAGACCGGACUCCAUCCUACUGCGACCGGAUCUGACCUUUAUUCCCAAAGUGAACUCGGUGUUCCACUCAUCCCAGGACUUUGUACUGCCUUCCUUCUGCCCGCGAGCAACUAGAGAAUUAGAGAAGAUCUGGCACACCCUGGACGUGCGCAGAGCCAUAAAAAUCUACCUCAAGUGAACAGCAGCUUUCAGGAAGUCGGAAGCCCUCUUCUUUUCUUUCCAGCCAAGAUCCAAGGGCAAGAAGGUCUCGCUAUCGACACUCUCUAGGUGGAUCAUGGAGUGUUUCAUCACCUGUUACAAAACUCUAGACCUAACCCCUCCAAAGGGCAUCACGGCCCACUCCACCAUAAGCGCGGCCACCUCGGCGGCAUUUUCUACUAAUGCCCCCCUUACUGAAAUCUGCAGGGCGGCCACAUGGAAGUUGCCUUCCACGUUUGUCAGGCACUACAAGCUGGACAUUUUUCA